GUUUUCUUCAUAGAAAUCUCUUCUUCUUUAAAUCUCCAUUGUAACAGACUAGAUUUUUAAAACAUUUCUGAGCUUACUUAAUUCUGCAAACUUUCUUUCCCUUUUCUUUUUACUCAAUCCAAGAUCAUUCUUUGCUUUCCUUGCAAGGAUCAUUUCUCUAACAAACCCUUCCUUUACAUUUUUCUAAUAUUCAUUCCUAGUUCUCCAACAAUGAUCAUCUUAUUGCAACAGUCAUGAAGAUUAGAGCAGCAGAAAGAAGAACCUGAUUGCUCCAAAAUUUCUUAAAAUAUCCUGCAUCAACGCUUGAAAGACAAUGCUAGCUUUCUCAAAGAUGGCUAGGUUCCCAGGGCUGCUUCAAACUCGAGCUACCUUAUUCUUAACCAGAAACUACCAUAAACAACCUAUCGAAGUUGUCUGGAAGAAACCAGAACACGGAUGGACAAAGCUAAACUUUGAUGGGUCAAGAAAACAUGGACAAGCCAGCAUCGGAGGAAUAUUCAGGAACCACAAAGGCGAGUUCCUUCUCGGAUACUCAGAACCCAUAGGAGCAGCCACAAGCACCGUGGCAGAAUUCGCAGCCCUCAAAAGAGGGUUAGAGCUGGUUCUAGAAAACGGAUGGACUGAUCUAUGGCUCGAAGGAGACGCCAAGAUCAUUAUGGAUAUCAUCUCCAAGAGAGGGAGAUUGAGAUGUCAAGAAGCAAAAAAGCAUGUGAACUACAUCAACGUGGUUAUGCCUGGUCUUAGCAACUGCGUCUUGAGCCAUGUUUACAGAGAAGGUAAUCGAGCCGCUGAUAAGUUGGCUAAGUUAGGACAUCAGUUUCAAGAUCCUAAAGUCUGGAGGCUUCAGCCCCCAGACAUAGUCCUACCGAUUAUGCAUGAAGAUGCACAAGGUAAGAUUGUUCUUAGAACAAAAUGACCCCAAACGAGUAAAUAUUUGUAAAUAAAUUGUGUGUAUAUCAUCAGAUUUUGUCAGCCACAAGCUAAGAAAUGUAAACAGUUAAUUCACUUUUGUAACAUUAUGUAAAUUGCGUAUAUAUCAUUAGAUCUUGUAGAUAGCAAGCUUCAUAUGUGUAAAUGUUUUAAGAAAAGGAAAACAGGUUA